GACGCGUUCCGGUCGGGCCGGUCGCGACCCCUGCGGUCCCGGCUGCAGCAGCUCGAGGCCCUGCGCAGGAUGGUGCAGGAGCGCGAGAAGGACAUCCUGGCGGCCCUCGCGUCCGACCUGAGCAAGAGUGAAUUUAAUGCGUACAGUCAGGAAGUCAUUACCGUUCUUGGGGAAAUUGAUCUGGUGCUGGAGAAGCUGCCUGAAUGGGUUACUGCUACACCAGCCAAGAGGAACCUGCUCACCAUGUUGGACGAGGCUUAUGUCCAGCCAGAGCCCCUGGGAGUUGUACUGAUUAUAGGAGCUUGGAACUACCCCUUCGUUCUCACCAUUCAACCACUGAUAGGAGCCAUUGCUGCAGGAAAUGCUGUGAUUAUCAAGCCUUCUGAAAUAAGUCAAAAUACAGCCAACAUCUUGGCUAAGCUCCUCCCCCAGUAUUUAGACCAGGACCUGUAUGUUGUUGUUAAUGGUGGUGUUAAAGAAACCACAGAGCUCCUGAAGCAGCGAUUUGACCACAUUCUCUAUACUGGAAACACUGCAGUUGGAAAAAUUGUCAUGGAAGCUGCCGCCAAGCAUCUGACCCCUGUGACUCUUGAACUGGGAGGAAAGAGUCCGUGUUACAUUGACAGAGAUUGUGACCUGGAUGUUGCCUGCAGACGCAUAGCCUGGGGGAAGUACAUGAACUGUGGUCAGACCUGCAUUGCUCCAGACUACGUCCUCUGUGAACCGUCCCUCCAGAACCAAAUCGUGCAGAAGAUUAAGGAAACUCUGAAGGAAUUUUAUGGAGAAAAUAUAAAAGAAUCUCCUGAUUAUGAAAGGAUUAUCAACCUUCGUCAUUUUAAGAGGAUACUAAGUUUGCUUGAAGGACAGAAGAUCGCUUUUGGUGGGGAGACUGAUGAAGCCACCCGCUACAUAGCCCCAACAGUACUUACUGAUGUUGAUCCUGAAGCCAGGGUGAUGCAAGAAGAAAUUUUUGGACCAAUUCUUCCAAUAGUGCCUGUGAAGAAUGCGGAUGAAGCCAUAAAAUUCAUAAAUGACCGUGAAAAGCCCUUAGCUUUCUAUGUGUUUUCUCGUAACAGUAAGCUCGUCAAGCGGAUGAUUGAAGGCACGUCCAGCGGGGGUGUCACGGUCAACGAUGUGAUCAUGCACUUCACGCUCAGCUCCCUGCCCUUCGGAGGAGUGGGUUCCAGUGGGAUGGGAGCUUAUCACGGAAAACACAGUUUUGAUACUUUCUCUCAUCAACGUCCCUGUUUAUUGAAAAGUUUGAAGAGAGAAGGUGCUAACAAACUCAGAUAUCCUCCCAACAGCCAGUCAAAGGUGGAUUGGGCAAAAUUUUUCUUUUUGAAACGGUUCAGCAAAGGAAAACUCGGUCUCCUGUUCCUCGCCUUCCUGGGCAUCGUGGCUGCCGUGCUUGUCAAGGUUGGAUAUUACUGAAGAGUGGUCCUGUUCACCCUCCUAGCUGCCUCCACUGAAUUAGUCCUCUGUUCACUAGUUAAUGAAGCAACGAUUUUAACAUCCUACCAAAAACAAAGAAAAUAUGCAGCCCUGUAAUCAACCCUAAUGUCAUGGCCAAGCACCGUUCAUACAACUUGCCACUUUAGCCAGAUCCCAGCAUUCCCCAAGUAAGGACACUCAGAGGACCUAUUCUAGAUUGCACUGCCAGACCUCAGAGCUUUGUGCCGGGGAGAGAGGAUGCCUCGAGCUAAAUCUGCACUCCCUGGGAAAUGUAAAGGAGUCUCAGGGCCUGCUCAGUGACUUUCUCUCUUAGGUCAUGGGACAUGGGACGCCCCGCCCCAUCCCUGCUGUUGCCUCCAUCACUCUGGAAACUUUCAAGAGUUCAGUCCAGAGAGAUGAGAAUAGAUCUUCCCAGGCUCUAGAACUGUGGGUGUGGGCGUCAGGGGAGUCCUUGUCCCUCAUUUAUCCCUUGGGACUUGAGGACCUGACCUCCAGGAGUUGGCUCUCCUGUGAAACAUGCCAUUUAGCCAGUGGUUUUCCUCCUUUCUUGUACAUUCACUGUCCUGCCUUGUGUUUGGUUUGUGGCAGUCUCUUGUCCAUGCCCACAAAGGCUUAUUAUGACUUUAACACCUGAAGCAUCUUGUAAAGGCUAGGACUUCCUGGAAGACAGUUGCCAAUUUCAUUCAGGUGUCAUCUGCCACUCUUAUGAUGUAGGAGUUCUAGAAGUCUGCGUCUUAUAAAACCUGACUGGCAUUUUUAAAUGUAGUAGUAGAAGUACUGUACUUAUAGCAAACUUAACCUCUGUCUGGACCCUGAAAUUGCAAAUUAGUGGAUUUCCAAGGACAAAUCUUUAAGUUUUUUAUUUCUAUAGCACAAUGCAAGUAAAUUUCACUUUUUAAACUUCAACGAGACCCUUUUUGGAUUAAAUUCAGCCUACAGAACUUAACACGGGGAAACCAUUUCCUGUCCUGGACAAGAGGUCUUGGACAUUCAGUACCUGGGAGCUUGAGAGCCUCAGGAGGCUGGUGGGGGUCAUUUGAAGAAGUCUGCAGGACUCUAAGCCAUAGCAGUUGGCCGUGCUGACCAGGAUGGAGGACACAGAAGCAGCUCUCCAUGGCCACGACCUGAGAUACUUCGGCCUGUGGGAACGUGCCAAAGAGUCCAGCGGGACGCAGCCUCCAACUGGGCGGUGCUGUGGGACUGGCAGCGGGAGCUCCACCCUUCUCCCAUUUGGAAACAGACUCCGCCCACUCAGUGAGAGCGAAUUUACUUUCUAGAAUGUAUAAUCAGCUUUGUUGAAUGAGCUUAUUCCAUGAAGUAUGUUUUGUCUUCUUCACAGGAUGAGGCACAAGAAUUAAUCACUAUACUGGUUUAGGAAAAAGCUGCUUAAACUGUAUCAGAAUAAUCGAUCAUAAUUUCAACAUGACGUUUUCGUUUAGUAUAUUGUACAUUAUGAUUUCUAGUUAAACUAAAUUACUGGCUUGCCUACUAGUAUAUUCUGCUUCAAAAUAAAUACAUUAUAUUUGAUGAAAUUGGCAUGAUUUCAAUAUUGUUCUUAGUUUGAAACAGCAGAUGUGAUCUUUGGGAGGUAAUUCUUUGAUUGUAAGUUUUCUCCAACUAUAAAUACAUAUUUUGUCUUUAUCAGAGGUGGCAUUUGUCAACUUUCUUUAAGCCAUGCUUUCUCAUUUUAAAUUCUUAGCUAAGGAGAUUUUCUCAAGCUUUACUUUCUGUCCUUUGUGAGAUUGGCUCUUUUGUUUUUUAAAAUAUCCAUGUAGUAAAUAGUUUUUUCCAACUGCA